AGAGCAGAGGAAUAUACCAAAACAGCGGUUUCUGCAGAGAAGAGCCAAACCAGAGGAGCAAUCAGGAGUUUUCCACAAGGAGAGUCAUCUACCGAGUUGAAGUUGCAUUACAAUGAGUGGAGGUCCCAGCAAACAAAAGCCAGGUCCCAGCAAACAAAAGCCAGGUUCUAGCAGACCAAGGGAGCCAGAUUUCACUGAGCCAAUAUUUGAAGUUCAACCUAGAAACAACAACCAGUACCACCAAUUUAUCUCUAGAGUGCGCCAGCGAGUAGUCCCAAACCCUCCUGAUCCUACUUCUACUCCUCACUAUACUCAUGGUCUUCCUGCGCUUAUCCCUGAACAAACUAAUCGGAGCGAGAUUCGACUCUUCGAUUUGGAAUUAGGGGCAAAUGGUCAAGAUGGGAAUCAUCACACUGUCAGACUCCGAUUUAGAAGGGACAACCUCUACCUAAUUGGUUACCAGAUGGAAAAUGGACAAUGGUUAGAGCUAGACAACGAAAGUCAUGAGCACUUAAUUACAGAUGCAGAAUGGUUACCCUUUGAUGGCAGCUACGGGGGAUUGGGAGCAGCUGCUGUUGAAAGGGGUCAACCACACAUGGGUGUUCAAGACAUCACCGUUGGCUCUGAAAGCCUAAGAAAUGCCGUAACUCAACUCGCUACAUCUGAAGACAAUCAUAAUAGGGCAAGCAGUUUAAUGGCUAUGAUUGUGAUGACUUCUGAAGCACUUAGGCUGAAUCACGUACGGCAAUUCGCUGAAGAGAAUUACGAGCGAGGAAGAACGAUUCGACAGGGGAUGAAUGGAAGUGAUUCACGCUUCACACAACUUGAAGAUGAGAUUAAGGAUUGGAGUCACUUAUCAAAAACAUUGUUUUUCUUGGAUGCAUGCCCCUCUCAGCCUAACAGCAAGAAUGUCUACAAAAGCGGCGACAAAGAGUCCACAUACCAAAAUGCACUGGAGAUAAUAAAUCAAUGGCGUGGUAUUCAAAUUAUCAUUGCAUUGUUGGGCAUUGUCAAGUAUUUUUGCUUCAAACCGCCGCAGUCACAACCACGGCCACGCAAGCCCAGGGCGGCCGUGGAAGAUGGAGGUGAUGAUGGGCAGUGUAUUGUAAUUGGAUCAGAGCUUCUCGAGGUGUUCUCGAUACGUAUUGACAACAAUUACACAUAUGCACGCGAGAUCUAUGGUAUAAUCACAGUUACUGAUGCACUAAGGACCCAAAUAAUUUAUAACAGCUCAAAAGACAAUCCUGAGUACAUCAAUCCAGGCCCAAAUGAUGUUUUGCUUAGUGGACCAUCUGAAGAAGCCAUCUCGGCCCUUGGUGAGGUUACUAUCCAGUUUCUUCUCAAAGAAAAGGGCAGAAACGACGGCAAAGAAGUCAUCCUUCGUCAAGGCUUGUACUGGAGUUCCUUCAAAUUUGGCAAUGUGUAUGACAAACCCACAUCCAAGGCAUUCAACAUAGAUGGGGGUCGCUUGAUCAUCAAUUAUGGCGUGUCUAGACAUGCGGCAGCUGCCAAAGUGAACAUAUCCAAGUUUCAAGGAGGGGAAAACACAAGUGAAGUUUAUGGGAAGGUUUCGUGUUUAGCUGGUUGGAAUGGUGCUGAUGCCACAAGCAUCUUGUUCCAGAGAGAAAAAGGAGACCGUGUCACAGUAAACCGUGGAGAACUCAUUCCAUUGUCGAGAUCCAUUGUAGUUGUACCAUUGAGCAGCUCCACUCUCAAAGUCACAGUGCAGGUAAAUCAUCAUAACAUGAUAUUUCCUGAUGUAGAACUUGCUAAUGACACCAUCCAGCUUGAAACAAAGGAAUCAGGCUCAGAUCAGAGGACCAUCCAAGAAACGGAUCCUGCGUUCUUCACUCCAGAUGAUUCUGUGCUCUUAAUGGUUGUCGAUUGGGCAACUCCAAUUUAAUUAAGUGCGUAAGUAGUAGGUGGUGUUGGCAACAUGUGGGAAUAUCAUUGAGUGAGUGAUAAGCGUCUAAUAAUAAUGCUAUUUAAUUAGUGUGCAAUAUACAUGUAAUCCUUUUAAUUAAUGUCAUAUCAUAUUAAGUGUAUCGUGUAUGAUAAGAAUAUCUUGAUGUAAUAUACAGUAUUGAAGUGUGUAAUAAAUAUUUUCAUCGUGAUAUUUUAUGUGAGAAUAUAUAUAGGGUUU